AUGCCUUUUAAGGAAUGGAUGCUCGAAGCUGCUGUAAAACUUAGAGCAGAUAUCUUUGAAAAACUACUCAUGCUUGUCUGGUCAUUAUGGAGGAACCGCAAUGUAGCUUUAUGGGAGAAUAAAUCCAAACCUGCAACUGCUCUUCUAUGCACUGCCAUGGCCUGGCUCGAAGAGUUUCACAAGGCUAGAGCUCCUUCGAAUACUCCGAAGCAACUUGUAAAGCAAUCUUGGAAGCCCGCUGGAGAUAACCAUGUAAUGAUUAAUGUGGAUGGAGCAUUCUUACCCUCACUACAACAUGGAGGGAUUGGUGGAGUAGUUCGAGGAUCUGGGGGUCACUUUCUAGCAGCUUUUGCACAUUACAUCACCCAUGUGUCCUCUGCAAAACAUGCUGAGCUAAUGGCUAUAAGGGAAGGGCUAGACUUGGCGGUACAAUUACAGUUGCCACAAGUUAUAGUCAAAAUGGAUUGCCUAGCAGCUGUUCAAGAUCUUACUCGCUCCGGAGCUGGGGAGUUUGCUAGCCUCAUUGAUGACAUACUGGAGGUCCAUAAGCUAUUGUCGGACGUGAACAUUAAUUAUGUGCCUAGACAAUGUAAUAGGAUUGCACACCGCUUGGCUGGUAUAGGUUUCGAGUCCCAUCUCAAAGAAGCUUGGUACUCAUAA